AUGAGAGACAAAGAUCUCUUCGAUAAUGACGAUUCAUUUUCUCUGUUCAUUGUAGUUAUUCCCAAAUUUCCAAUCGAUGCUCGAUGGUCACCGAAUGGAAAGACAGUUGCUGGAGGUAACGGAUAUGGAGAGGGCACCAAUCAACUCUACGAGCCUAGCGGUCUCUUCGUUGAUGCUGAUCAAACGAUGAUCAUUGCUGACUGGGGGAAUCAUCGUAUCGUCCAAUGGAAGAUGAGGAAUACGAAUGGACAAGUUGUAGCUGGUGGCAAUGCCAAAGGAAAGCGCUUAGAUCAAUUGAAUGGGCCAAUCGAUGUGCUAAUCGACAAAGAGACUGAUAGUCUCAUUAUUUGCGAUGCAGACAAUAGACGAGUCGUACGAUGGUCUCGUCGUAGUGGCACAACUCAAGGAGAAAUUCUCAUCGACAACAUCGAUUGUUGGGGAUUGUUCAUGGAUGAUAAGAGAUAUCUCUAUGUCUCUGACACCGAAAAACAUGAAGUAAGACGAUAUCAAAUAGGAGACAAGAAUGGAACUAUCGUGGCUGGUGGAAAUGGCAAAGGUGCUGGUCCCAAUCAACUCAACUGGCCGACCUCCAUAGAUGUCGAUCAACAACAGACUGUCUACGUGUCAGACAGAAACAAUCAUCGUGUAAUGAAAUGGAAUAAAGGUGCAAAAGAAGGCAUUGUUGUCGCUGGAGGUCAGGGUGAAGGGAACGCUCUGACACAAUUGCGGUAUCCUCAAGGACUCUUCGUCGAUACGUUGGGUACCCUCUAUGUGGCAGAUUCGGGAAAUCAUCGAGUCAUGCGUUGGCCUAAAGGAGCAAAACAGCGUACUGUUAUUGUGGGUGGAAAUGGUGAAGAAGCAGGAGCAAAUCAGUUCAAUUCGCCCAUUAGUUUGUCCUUCGAUCGACAAGGCAAUCUUUAUGUUGUCGAUAAGAACAAUAAUCGUGUUCAAUUUUUUUCAUUUCAAUAA